CUGGCUCAGUGGUCAUGCAAUUUAUUAUCAAAUCAGUUCGAUGUGCAGCUAGUGGAGGGCUGGAUUAGUUUGUGUGAAAGUGGAUUCUUAACUGAGCUGAUUCUUGUUCCAGUUCUACUAAGAAAGCAGAUCUCAUACUGUACAUGGGUAUUCUGGUAUGGAAAUAUUUUGGUAAAGACAAAAGAUAAAGCUACUUCAUGAGUCAGCACAGCUUCCCCCCCGCUUUAGGGACUGGGAGUGAAAAUUUGGCUGAAAAUAUCACAGCCCGUUGCCAGUAGGAGCAUGACUGUGUGUGUGUGUGAGUCUGUUUAUUUUCCCGGGCUGAGUCAACAUGGCCACUGUGUCUCUCUGCUUGUCUUCCAUCUCACCCAGCAGCAUUUAUUCCAGCGCGCGCGUGUGUGUGUGUGUGUGUGUGUGUGUGGCCUUCAGCCCUGGAAACACAGGAGAGUCGAGCCUGACUUGUGUAUCAGCAAAGAAAGGAUUGAUGUAGUCGCACUAGGCAGUGUAACUCCAACUAGCAUCGAGAUAAAGGGUAAAGACUGAUUUAAAUGCAAAUGCUAAUUCCCUAUGCUGAAUGUGGAUCUGUAAAAGUCAAAAAAUAUAAUUGAAUACAUAGUUAAUAAGUUAUUAUUUCAAGAAAUAAUUAAAAUGUAGAGUAUAAAGGAGGUAUAAAGCUAUAUAGUUUCCCUUUAACCUCCAAUCAGUUGAUAAAAUAAAUCAAAACUUUUAUUCAACUUAUCUUUCCCCCAUUUAUCUUUUGCUUGUUUUAUUUUUCAACUUCUUGGGUGUCCUAUUUUUUGAUCCUGGCACACAUUUAAUAAUUUGUCUACUCCCUGUUUUCCCAAUUCUGCAUUUUCCUAAUGCUUAUAUGAUAAUGAAAUGGCCGUGUUCAUGCGCGUCCAGAGCAGUGAGUAGUCCAGGGUUUGUGUGUAUCAGUCAUGUGCAAGCAGGGUAACCAGUAACACAAGGAAUAGGGCCCAAUAGCAGACAACUGAGGCAGAGCUGUUGCAGUUCAGAGGAUUUAGUAAUAACAGACAAAAUACAAAGGCUUACGGGUGGUGAGGCAGGCCAGGGUCAAAACCAGUAAAGCAGUCUAAGCAAAGGCAAACAAAUCCAUCAGGGAGCAGGCAGAAAAUCCAAAGCCCAAAAACAGGCGAGUGCCAAGGAACAAACACCGGGAGAAUGGCUGGAACGCUAGGCACAUAAACCAAGACGAGCUGACACUGAGGGAGACAAACACUCAAACUACAUGCUCUAGUGAGAGGAGCUAACAAGACGCAGGUGAAACUAUUCAGGGCAGGGCAGACAAUCAAAAACUGGAGGGAAAACACACAAAGACAGGAGGUGACGUUACAUGACACAUGAGGGGAAGUCUCUAUCAAAAUAAAACACUGACACUGUCUCGGGAGCAGAACAGGACAGUGUGUGUUUGUAACAUCAAUGGAGCAAAUGAGAGGACUGUGUAGCUAGCUUAACUGAAAACACUGGUGGCUAAACACUCUGGCUAUUAGCCUUCUCAGCUAGCUACCUAGCUGAAGCUAACUUUAUUCUUAAAACUACACCAGCCAGUGCACGUAAUAGUAAUCACCCGUUUACUGUGUGCUGCUGUAGUGUAUAAACUCUUGUAGCAGUAGCUAAAGCAUUUUACUUGUCAGGCUAACACUAACAAAAUAAGCUAGCUGACGCUUAUGAGAAAUGUAUUGUUUUGUUUAUUUGACAUUAUGAAAAGGGAGACAUUCGAUCACACAUAUCUAUAAAAUGUCACGGAUAACACAAGUCCAUUUCUAAUGUGUUCUUGAUGAAGAGAAGAGACAUAAAAACAUUAUUAUUAUACGAGGGCUGCCAACCGAAGUUUCUAAAUUUCUGUUCCAUAUAAUACGUGAUCGUCCCAUAUUGAAAAAUAAUUGUCCCUUACUGAAUCAAUAUGGGACGUGAUUUGUCUCGUAUUUUCGUGAACAUUCUACUCUAAUGCAUACGCUACAUUUUCACAUGCUUGGAAUGACAUGAGAAUAAUGAAACCAAAAGAGUUUUACGAGACACGGCAGAGAAGAAAUCAGAAUUCGCGGAAGAGAAUGACAAGUUAACUGUCACUCAACAUCCUUGUUGCCAUGGUUACGGAGGCUCAGACUCGUAAUUAUUUAGAAAUGUCGCCGAAUACAUCCAGCUCAAGUCUGCCCGUAAAAAGAAAGAGGCUGACCAAAUACAGAUCUGAAUCUGGCAGAUGGACCACAAGUGGGUCAGUCCUGUCAGUGGGAAUGAAUACAAGGAAAACUGUACAGUAUUUUCUGUCGCCCAUGAUGGACUGUCCGACCUGGAGCAACAUUCAGUAGGGGACUACCACAUCCGAGCAGCGCAAGACCAGAGGACGCGGAGUGUAAUCGCUCAAUACACGAUACCCCAGACUUCCCCAGAGGCGGAUAUGAUACACCAAGAUGAAGACGGCCACAAACAUCUACAUCUUCAACUUGGCUCUUGCUGACGCCUUGGCCACAAGCACGCUGCCCUUCCAGAGCGCCAAAUACCUCAUGAACACCUGGCCGUUUGGGGAAGUCCUGUGCAAGCUCAUUAUUGCCAUCGACUACUACAACAUGUUCACCAGCAUCUUCACCCUUACCAUGAUGAGCGUGGACCGCUACAUCGCCGUGUGCCACCCAGUCCGGGCGCUGGAGUUUCGGACACCGGUCAAGGCUAAGUUGAUCAACGUGCUCAUCUGGGUCCUGUCCUCUGCGAUUGGGGUACCCAUUAUGAUUAUGGCUGUGACCAAAGUGGCAGAUAAUGGUAAAACCAUGUGCAUGUUGAAGUUCCCUGACCCUGACUGGUACUGGGACACAGUGACAAAGAUCUGCGUCUUCAUCUUUGCGUUUGUGGUUCCUGUGAUGGUCAUCACCAUAUGUUACGGCCUGAUGAUCCUGCGUCUGAGGAGCGUUCGUCUGCUCUCAGGCUCCAAGGAGAAAGACCGCAACAUGCGCCGCAUCACCCGGAUGGUGCUGGUGGUGGUGGCAGCCUUCAUCAUCUGCUGGACCCCCAUUCACAUCUUCAUCAUCGUGAAGACCAUGGUGGAGAUUAACAGCAGGAACCCCCUCGUGAUAGCCAGCUGGCACCUGUGCAUCGCCUUGGGCUACACCAACAGCAGCCUCAACCCUGUCCUCUACGCAUUUUUGGAUGAAAAUUUUAAGCGAUGCUUCAGGGAUUUCUGCCUUCCCUGUCGGACCCGCGUGGAGCAGCACAGUCUGACCAGAGGCCGCAACACCACCAGGGAGCCGGUGUCUGUCUGCGCUCCAACAGAAGCGGGGAAGAAGCCGGCAUGACUAGGCAUGGACUGGGUCCCCCACAGCUCUCGCUCGAGGAGGAUCCAGCAAGACCUGCAAUCAGAGGUCACCCAGAUCUCCACAACAGAGUUUUAAGAGAUCUUUACGAGAAAAAGCUAUCUCUCAAAGAAUUGAGUCAUGCCGCUUAUUCUCUCCAAUUUGGCUGACAUACUGGACAUUCAAAGGAAUAGCUAAAGAUAAUGGAAAAUAAGUUUCACUCUGAUCUUACUUUUCUAUUAAAGUUCUGAUAACAAAGUGGAAUCUUUUUCACAGGAAACUAACACCUUACAAAGGCAGUGACAGUAGAUGGGGUGAUAGCUCGAGCUCAUGAUUUGUCUGCCCAAAGGACCAAGAGUACAGGACUUUUUGAUGAUGCAAAAAGGACAAAGAAACACCUGCAGGUUUCUAUCUUAUGAAGAAGAAUGCAUCGUUCAGACACCAUCCCUCAGAGUGCAUUGUAAUAAUACAGACUGACACUGUCAGGGUGAAAAAUGUUCAACAAAAGACAGAAGUAUGAAACACUGGCCUCUUCAAUUCAAUUUCUUCUAAGGAACACAUGCCUGUACAUUCAAACAAAUUAAAUUUUGGUGAGGAACGAGUAUUUUGAGGGAAAAAAAAUCAACAUCAGAGAGAAAUCUUUUUCAUCUGUAUCUUUACCAUAAACACAAAACAAAUGAUCCUUACAGAGCAGAACCACACAACCGAUAGCCACCGACAGCUGGAUGAUGAAUUACAGCAUAGUUUAUUGCACAACAAGGUCAACCACUCUCUACAUGGAGAAGAGGGGAAAUCUUGUUUGGUAUUCAGCCAACCCUUUUUGUAUAUAUUUUUUUUUUUACAGCAAAAAGAGACAUUUGUUCUUUGUUUUUUCCCUUUAGACUCUGCCACCAUCAACUGUGUUAGAAGAGAAAUUUGGGGCUCAUUGUUGCUUGGAUUUGAAAAUGUCUGUCAUAAAGGACAUGUUAUCAAAAUCAAGUCUAGAUGAUUUUGUGCUCAGAUGGAAAAAUCCAGAACGGCAUCAAACCACUGAAGCUUGGAAUUUCUCUGGACUUCUUUGCUGCUCACCUAUUGGACUUUCAUGAGUGGUGUCAACCCCACAGAGAGCCUCUGAGCAGAAUCACUAAAGAAUGAUAAACCUAAAACACUGUUGGCAGCCACAACUGGUUCAUUGUCGGUUCAUCGGAGAGCAGCAGUGUGGAUAGAGACGCUUGUCCUGAUGUCGACAAACAAACUGGUUCAAGAAUAUUGAUCAGCAUAUUAAAUGAGCAAAAAGCCUGCCAUCUGUCACAUCGAAUGUCUAUUGGCACGUAAGACACACUGAAUGGCAUUAACCAGGAUGGUAAUUUAUUCUGGGUAAUUUAUUUGCUCCAACAGAUCUUGACACCAAUCACAUUGGAGACAUCAAUCAGUGGAUGCUGUGAAGUUAAUGACUAUUUAAACUUUGCAUACCAGAUGAGGUAUGUCAGAAGUAAUAAUGCAGUUUAUCAGAAUUUGCUCUUGUGGAAAUAUUUUGAAGGCUAAAUAUGUGUUGACAUCCAAACAUGUCAAAAUAUCCCAUAGUUUUGAUUAAUGUUGAAAUGUUAAGUUAUUCGACAAAUGUGGUAAAUGUGGGACAGAUAAAACACAUCCAAACUGAAUAUAAAUAAAAGAAGAUGAGGGUCUAUGGACAGAGGGUGUCAUAUGAUGUACAGAUUAUAAAGCCCUUUGAGGCUACUUUGUGAUACCGGGCUACAUAAAUAAAACUGACUUGACUUGAAAAAUUAAAGGAAAAAAGUCAAUACAUGUGAAUUUGUAGAUAAUAUAAAGCUUUUGCAUUUGAACAAAUUUGGCUUCAGCCACAUUUAAAAUGACUAUGGGGUGUGCCUGUGAUUCUGUACGCUUUCUUUACACUUUAUGGUUUUUAACAUUUCACCACAAUGCUUUUGACUCAUGUGGCUCAAAAAAAAAAAAGGAAAAAAACGUAUAGACAACAAUCGAAGCUUGGAAACGGAUUUCUGCUCUGUUCACAGAUUCAGCAAUGUAGCUGUAGGUUGACAAUAAGACAAUAAAUAUUGACUAUUCUGUGUGCAGCAGGAGAUUUACAUUUUUGCAUUGUGAUACAUUCCUGCAUAUUUUCUUACAAUGACAGUGGUGAUUUAAAGUGUACUGUAUAUACUGUGUAUACUCUGCUUAGCAUUCACCAAGUGCUACAUCUGUCGGGUGUGCAGGAUAUCUCUCAGCUACCAUUAUUUUUGCAAAUUUAUAGUUAUAUAAGGUCAGAAUGACAGAAAUGCAUAGAAUUAGUUUUAAAAAAAAUAACAACGACAAGUUCAAAUUAUUAUAUUUUGACAAAUCAACAGAAACUAAUUACUGUUAAAACAAUGUCAUAAACCAUGUGCAUUCAGGGUAUGAUCAAAGUUAAAGUGCGCGGGUUAAGUUAAAAAAUGUUUCCUUCUGUCAUUUUUAAUCACACUGUACAAGCAGAAUUUGUCUCGAUGGUACGUUGUCAUUCUUUUAAAUUCAAAUUGUUUCAAUUGUUGGAUGCAGUUAGUGACAUAAAACAUGUUGUCAUUGUUGUAA